UGAACUUGGCAUUUUGUGGGGUUUUGCUUAAAUUUUAUUCAACAAUUUAAAAAUCUAUAAUUUCCUGAGAAAAUGAAUAUAACAAAUACAGAGGAAUAUUCGAAUCCGGAGAAGAAAUCGCUUGACAAGCUUUUAUUUCGGUUAUCGGCUGAAGAUGGAUUACCACCUCAAACAAUUCCUGCUUUACACAAACACUGGGCACGACGGGAAAAUUUUUGUACAUAUGUAGGACUAAUGACACAAUAUGGUCGCGUUAAAAGUGGCGUAGAACUAGAGGAAUGGCAGUACAAUGCAAACCUAUUUUCCAAAGAUAUGAAUUUCUUGCUAAAUUGCCACCAUCAUGAAUUUUGGUCAUAUAUGGUUUUUCAAAAGACGGCAUUAGCAGCCGUUGUUUCGUUUUUACAAAAAUCAACACCAUUUUAUUUAAACGUUUGGUCACAGCUCGUUCAACAAAAAACAAUUAUCGAACUUUAUGAACAAAUACUGGAACUGGUACUCCGUAUUGUUUGUCGUCUUAUAACCAAUCGCGAGUCUGAUGAAGCCUGGCUUACUAUUGACCAUCAGCGGGAGUUAAUUUAUAAAAACUUUUUAAUAUCAGUACCAAUGUUAUUCGACAUCCUAAUGGCUGUGGGAGAUGCGGAUGCCCAAAACACUGCCGUACUCCGACGUAUCUUUGAUUCACUCCUACGCAUUGAACCCAAUUACAAACAGGAUCUUCUAGCCGCGUUAGCAUUUUUUCGCACCGCUUUUCGUAGCAUUCAAACACAGGCAGAAAAUGAGGGCUUCGAAGGCGCAGGAGGAGGUGACUUAGAUGAAAGUGCCGAGACUCCGUACGACGAUGUUGCGCUCUAUACCUUAGAUUGUGCCUAUUCAUUGAGUGUUCUAUUAGAAGUUUGUCCAACAGUCCAGUCCAUUUGUGCUGAAAUUAAAUUGGGGCAGAGUAUUGCACAGUUCUAUGAUAACACGGUUCCUUUUUUGUACAAAAACGUAUUUCUUAUUAAUGAGGCCGCUGCUAGUUUAGGCUGGAUCAAUGUGGCACGAUUACAAUAUCUAAAGGCAUUUCGAAGUAUUGCCUACAGUUUCAUUGAAUCAGUCCUGGCGAAACCGUAAGUAUAAUGAUUUAUGUUAUUAUGUAUGUAAUAUAGAAAGGCCCUACAU